AUGGCAGCCCUCCGAGUCUUUCUUACCACAUGCGCGGUCGCAGCCCUCUCCGUCCCCGGGGGGGAAAGCAGCUUCGGCGCUCAUAUUGCGGACGUCACUGGCGCAAGGCGCCAACAGAACCGGCCGUGGGCUCCACAGAGAGGCCCGCCGCUUCAUCAGGGUCAGCAUCGGAUGCCGCAUCAGCAGCCGACUCAAGGCGUGCCGGCUGGACAGCCUGGGCAGCCGGUCGUCGUCGUGACCAGUGGCGGGACACCUGUAUUGGUUGAGAUGCCUGGGCACGCUGGUGCGAAUAACACCAUUCCAGGAAGCAUGCCCUCGGGUUACAACGGUGCUUCCUCGUACACGACUCCCGCGCCUUUGUUCGUAUAUGCAGGUCCUCCUUUUGAUGCUGGUCACCCUGGAUAUCCCGCUCCUCAUGCGGGUCACCCUGGAUAUCCCGCUCCUGAUGGUAGUCACCCUGGAUAUCCCGCUCCUGAUGGUAGUGACCCUGGAUAUCCCGCUCCUGAUGGUAGUGACCCUGGAUAUCCCGCUCCUCAUGCGAGUUACCCUGGAUAUCCCGCUCCUCAUGCGGGUCACCCUGGAUAUCCCACUCCUCAUGCGGGUUACCCUGGAUAUCCCGCUCCUCAUGCGGGUCACCCUGGAUAUCCCACUCCUCAUGCGGGUUACCCUGGAUAUCCCGCUCCUGGUGCGGGUUAUGGUGGAUACGCCCCUGCGGCGCCGGGCUAUCCGCUGUACCCUGCUCCCAAUCAGGCUGUGUAUGGUCUCCCGCAGCAGGCCCCCUACCCAAAUACCCAGACGCUCUACCUUGGUGGCGGAGAGCGUGCUCCCGGGGGGUAUGACCGUUUCUACGGGUACCUGGAAACAGCGCCGGCGAGCGAGCACCCCCGCGACCACAUCAACGCAACGCAGGGGCGCUCUGCGCAUGACGAGGCGGCGAAUGCGCGCAAUCCAGGUCACGGUCGUGAACACUCCAGUGUUGUGCCGCCACCCCAUUCAUCUUAUGUGCCGUAUUACCUGGAAGGUCGUGCGGCAGGUUCGAACUAUCAACAGGCAGGCGGCUUUGACAUCUAUUCGUUUAAAUACCCGCAAGUGCAGGAGACAGAGGAGGAGCUGCCGACUGGCACCCCUGGGGGCGCGACGCGGGGGGAUCCGUACCUCUCUGAGGCAGGGGAGGCCAAACAGGCGUCCGAGGGGAGUCGGGCUAAGAAACGUGUUUUGGCUCUGUUGGGAGUAGCUGCUACGGUGGCAGCAGGAGCGGCUGCAAGGAAGGCAUUCGCGAAACGCUCCAGCACCGAAGAAGGGAGCACCGAUCAUGAGAAAUCGACUGAGAUGGCGCGACCGCCGCCUUAUGCUGACAAACCGCCUUCGUACGCGGAGCUGAUGGAAGAGCUUAGAGGAAUGCGGAACUAA